GUGUGCUCGGCAUCGGCAAGUAUAAAAACCCUCGGCGUCUGUUUUCAUUUUUGUUGUGCGCUCCACUGUGUCAGACGAAUAAGCGACGCUGUACAGUGUACACACUCUCUGCCAAAAAAUGCUGAGACUCGCGUUGAUUUGCUUUUCUGUUGGUUUGCUGGUGUCCUGGUACCCUGUGCAACCCGCUGCAGUUUUGGAAUCGGGGGUUAGAGUGACCGAUGCCGCCAAGGUAGUCAUUGAUAAGAUCAAGGCUGGAAAGGAAUUCCGCUACGGCGUAUUCUUCGUCAAAAACGAGACAGUCAUUGAUCUCGAAUCUACUGGUAGUCGUACAUCCACCUAUAAUGACUACCUGAAAAAUCUGAAGGUUGUCAAACCGACGGGUAAAGAAUGCCGUUAUGGGGUUCUCGAUUUCGAAUUUCAAUGCAAGUCUUCUGCGGACAAGAAGAGAGACAAACUGGUGCUAAUGUCUUGGUGUCCCGAUGACGUGAAAGUCCGAUCGAAAUUCAUUCACGCCGCGUCCGUCGAAGGCAUGAAAAAGGCUGUAACGGGAAUCUCUGCAUUCGUUCAGGCAAGCGAUGAUGAGCAAGCGUCCCUGGUAGAGGUUCAAGAUAAGCUCACGAGGACGGUGACUGCAUGCUAACACACUCCGGCUGAUGUUUGUUUGUUUGUGUUUUUUGUUGUGGAAAUAAUCAAAACUUUAUGCUGGUGGCUCCUGUGGCUUUCGAUAUAAUCACGCAUUUUUUUGUCGCCGGGUUUGUUCACGAAAUACAACUGGAAAAUAUACAGAAACCAAGACUAA